UUAAAUCAACUGGAGGUUCAAUAAGUACGGUGUUUCUUGUUGAGGAAACUUGGUAGUAAACAUGCCAGAGCCGAAAGCUGCACCAGCACCUAAGAAAGGGUCCAAGAAGGCUGUUCCGAAAACUCAGCCGAAGGGUGGAAAGAAGCGUAGAAAGACCAGGAAGAAGAGCUAUGCUAUCUAUGUGUACAAAGUGCUGAAGCAGGUUCACCCCGAUACCGGGAUCUCUUCAAAGGCGAUGAACUCGUUCAUCAACGACAUAUUCGAGCGCAUCGCCGGUGAGUCUUCUUGUCUGGCUCUCUACAACAAGCGUUCCAACAUCACUUCCAGGGAGAUCCAGACAGCCGUGUGUCUUCUGCUUCCCAGAGAGCUGGCCAAGCACACCGUGUCUGAGGGCACCAAGGCCGUCACCAAGUACACCAGCUCCAAGUAA